GUUUGCAUUUGCAGAGACAAAGGAAUAGCAUGACAUGAAGCAUGGCUCAGUUCUAUUACAAAAGAAAUGUGAAUGCGCCCUACCGAGAUCGAAUCCCUCUAAGGAUAGUCCGAGCAGAAUCAGAACUCUCACCAUCAGAAAAAGCCUAUUUGAACGCAGUGGAGAAAGGAGAUUAUGCCAGCGUCAAGAAAUCCUUAGAAGAGGCUGAGAUUUAUUUUAAAAUCAAUAUUAAUUGCAUUGAUCCUCUUGGAAGAACUGCUCUCCUCAUUGCCAUUGAAAAUGAGAACCUGGAGCUUAUUGAACUUCUCUUAAGCUUUAACGUUUACAUUGGAGACGCUUUAUUACAUGCAAUCAGGAAAGAAGUUGUCGGGGCUGUUGAAUUGCUUUUGAACCACAAAAAGCCGAGUGGAGAAAAACAGGUGCCUCCCAUUCUCCUGGAUAAGCAGUUCUCUGAAUUCACUCCAGACAUAACACCCAUUAUUUUGGCGGCCCAUACAAAUAAUUAUGAAAUCAUAAAACUUUUGGUUCAGAAGGGCGUCUCAGUGCCCCGGCCCCAUGAGGUGCGCUGUAACUGUGUUGAGUGUGUCUCCAGCUCAGACGUGGACAGUCUUCGCCACUCCCGCUCACGCCUCAACAUCUAUAAGGCCUUGGCCAGCCCUUCGCUCAUCGCGCUGUCUAGCGAAGACCCUUUCCUCACAGCCUUCCAGCUAAGCUGGGAGCUGCAGGAACUGAGCAAGGUGGAAAAUGAAUUCAAGUCGGAGUAUGAGGAACUGUCACGGCAGUGCAAACAGUUUGCCAAGGACCUUCUGGAUCAGACUAGAAGCUCCAGAGAACUGGAAAUCAUUCUUAAUUACCGAGAUGACAAUAGCCUGAUAGAAGAACAAAGUGGAAAUGAUCUCGCAAGAUUAAAAUUGGCUAUUAAGUACCGUCAGAAAGAGUUCGUUGCUCAGCCCAACUGCCAACAGCUGCUGGCGUCACGCUGGUAUGAUGAGUUCCCAGGCUGGCGGAGAAGACACUGGGCGGUGAAGAUGGUGACGUGUUUCAUAAUAGGACUUCUUUUCCCUGUCUUCUCCGUGUGCUACCUGAUCGCUCCUAAGAGCCCGCUGGGACUGUUCAUCAGAAAGCCCUUUAUCAAGUUCAUCUGCCACACGGCGUCCUAUUUGACUUUUCUGUUCCUGCUGCUGCUCGCCUCCCAGCACAUCGACAGGUCCGACUUGAACAGGCAAGGCCCACCGCCAACCAUCGUCGAGUGGAUGAUAUUACCGUGGGUCCUGGGUUUUAUAUGGGGAGAAAUUAAACAAAUGUGGGAUGGUGGACUCCAGGAUUAUAUCCAUGACUGGUGGAACCUAAUGGAUUUCGUGAUGAACUCCUUAUAUUUAGCAACAAUCUCCUUGAAAAUAGUUGCAUUUGUAAAGUACAGUGCUCUUAACCCCCGAGAAUCCUGGGACAUGUGGCAUCCCACCCUGGUGGCCGAGGCGUUAUUUGCUAUUGCAAACAUCUUCAGCUCCCUGCGUCUGAUCUCGUUGUUUACUGCAAAUUCUCACCUGGGACCUUUGCAGAUAUCUCUGGGAAGAAUGCUCCUUGAUAUUUUGAAGUUUCUAUUCAUAUACUGCCUUGUGCUCCUGGCAUUUGCAAAUGGACUCAAUCAAUUGUAUUUCUACUACGAGGAAACAAAAGGCUUAAGCUGCAAGGGCAUACGCUGUGAAAAACAGAAUAAUGCAUUUUCAACGUUAUUUGAGACUCUGCAGUCCUUGUUUUGGUCAAUAUUUGGGCUCAUUAAUUUAUAUGUCACCAAUGUCAAAGCCCAGCAUGAGUUCACUGAGUUCGUUGGUGCCACCAUGUUCGGGACAUACAACGUCAUCUCUCUGGUCGUCCUCCUCAACAUGUUAAUAGCGAUGAUGAAUAAUUCCUACCAACUUAUUGCUGACCACGCAGAUAUAGAAUGGAAAUUUGCUCGAACAAAGCUCUGGAUGAGUUAUUUUGAAGAAGGAGGUACACUGCCGACUCCCUUCAAUGUCAUUCCGAGCCCCAAGUCUCUCUGGUACCUGAUCAAAUGGAUAUGGACACACUUGUGCAAGAAAAAGAUGAGACGAAAACCAGAAAGCUUUGGAACAAUAGGGAGGCGAGCUGCAGAUAAUCUGAGACGACAUCAUCAGUACCAAGAGGUCAUGCGAAACCUGGUGAAGCGGUAUGUUGCUGCCAUGAUUCGAGAUGCCAAAACCGAGGAAGGCCUGACAGAAGAGAACUUUAAGGAACUCAAGCAAGACAUCUCCAGCUUUCGUUUCGAAGUCCUGGGCCUGCUAAGAGGAAGCAAGCUUUCCACCAUCCAGGCUGCUAAUGGCGCAAAGGAGGCUUCCAAUUCGGCCGACUCAGAUGAGAGGAGCGACAAUGAAGGCAGCAGUCGGGACAAGAAGAAGAAUUUCAGCCUUUUUGACUUGACCACGCUGAUCCACCCCAGGUCAGCAGCGAUCGCCUCGGAGAGACACAACAUAAGCAAUGGCUCGGCCCUGGUGGUGCAGGAGCCCCCGAGGGAGAAGCAGAGGAGAGUGAAUUUUGUCACUGAUAUCAAAAACUUUGGGCUGUUUCACAGACGAUCAAAGCAAAACACUGCCGAGCAAAGCACGGGCCACGUCUUCUCUGUUUCCGAAGAGGUCGCGCGUCACCACCACGCCGAAGGAGGGCCCUUUGAGAGAAGCAUUCAACUGGAAUCCCGCACGUUAGGCUCCAGGGGUGACCUCAACAUCCCGGGGCUCAGUGAACAGUGCGUGCUGGUGGACCACAGGGAACGCACCACGGACACGCUGGCCCAGCCAGGGGCCACGCGAGCGUGCUCCUUCGAGUCAGACAAGGUGGUGGUGGAAGACACUGUCCCCAUCAUACCAAAGGAGAAACGUGGCAAGGAGGAGGACUGCAGUCCAGACUAUGACCUGUCCCUCACGGACACGGUCACCCAGGACGACUAUGUGACAACGAGACUGUGACACUUGGGAGGAGGAAGAGCGUGCCAUCUUCUGUAUCCGUCUGUCCCACGGCGCUCUGGGCAGGAGCACCGGUGUAAAAUUCAAUCAGCAAAUGCUAACGUACACUUUAUAGCGCCCGGCGAUGUUGGUAUACGGCAUAAUAACUUGUAACAUACUUAAAUAAGGAGAAGGCAAUCCAAAACCCUUCUGUUUUAUAGCCUGCUUUUGCUUACACCAUUUGGUUUACGAUGUUUUUCCUCUUUGAUGUUAAUAAAUAGAACGCACCUUGUUAUUCUUGUACUGUUGCAAUAA